AUUCUUUGAGUAUUAGUAUUAUCAAAAUUGCUCUCUUGCUUCUCUUCAUUGUCUUUUCAGUCAUGGCGUCCUCCAGUCCUCCAGUGUUCUGUGACUUCUGUGGUGAAAGAAAGCAGAAAGCUGUGAAGUCCUGCCUGACGUGUCAAAGCUCUUACUGUGAUGAUCAUCUGGAGCCUCAUCUCAGAGUCCCACGUCUAAAGAAACACACACUGAUCAACGCUGUGGAAAAUCUGGAGGAUUAUAUAUGCCAGAAACACGAGAGACCUCUGGAGAUGUUCUGCAGAGAUGAUCAGACGUGUGUUUGUAUGUUCUGCGCUGAAGGAGAACACAGGACUCACAACACUGUUCAUAUAGAAGAGGAGAGUCGAGAGAAGAAGCUGGUUCAGACACAGACAGAUGUUCAUCAGAUGAUCCAGGACAGAAUGAAGAAGAUUCAAGAGAUCAAACACUCAGUAGAGCUGAGAAAAAGAAACACGGAUAAAGAGAAAUCCUCCAGCGUUGAGCUCUUCACUGAUCUGAUCCGCUCCUUUAAGCGAUGUCAGUCUGAGCUGCUGAAGAAGAUGGAGGAACAGCAGAAAGAAGCAGAGAAACAGGCUGAAGAUCUCAUUAAAGAGCUGCAGCAGGAAAUCACUGAGCUGAAGAAGAGAAACACUGAGCUGGAGCAGCUCUCACACACUGACGAUCAUCUCCAUGUCAUACAGAUGUGCUCAUCCCUGUACAUUCGUCCACACAACAAGAACUGGACUGAGAUCAGGAUUGACUCUGGUGUGAAUGUGAACUCUCUGUAUAGAGCUCUGGCUCAACUGAAGAAAACUCAAGAGACACUAAAGGAAAAACUCAGUGAAACAGGAUUGAAGUUUGUGCAGAAAUAUGCAGUGGAUUUGAGUCUGGAUCCUGAUACAGCGAAUCCAUAUCUCAUCCUGUCUGAUGAUGGAAAACAAGUUGGUGAAGGAGACAUUGAGCAGGACGUCCCAGAAAACCCAAAGAGAUUUGAUGACAUUUGUGUUCUUUCAAAGCAGGGAUUCAGUUCAGGGAGAUUUUACUAUGAGGUGCAGGUGAAGGGACAGAAUGAGUGGGCUUUAGGAGUGAUUAAAGAAUCCAUUAACAGGAAGGAGGACAUUAUCCCGAUCCCUGAGAAUGGAGUCUGGAUUCUGAGUCUGGUUGAUGAGAAUCAGUAUGCAGUUAGUGAUAAUCCAUUGGUUAUGUUCCCUCACAGAGAGACACAUGAGAAGGUGGGAGUGUUUGUGGAUUAUGAGGAGGGUCUGGUCUCUUUUUAUGACGUGGACUCCAGAUCUCAUAUCUACUCUUUCACUGGUCAGACUUUCACUGAGAAACUCUAUCCAUAUUUUAGCCCAUGCGAUAAUGAUGAAGGCAAAAACUCAAACCCACUGAUCAUCACACCUGUCAGUUAAAAUGAGAAGAGAUGAAAUUAAAUCUGAAAAGAUUAACUAUGGAUGUGCUUUACCACAUUAUAUUUUACUUACAAUUAUAAAGAAAAUUAAUAUGCGAUAGACA